AGUUAAAUUUACCCCUUCUGUUACUAAUUUCACCAAAAUUAUCCCUCAUUAGAUUGAAUCCCCAAAAUUGACCCAAUUACCCGAAUUUAAAAAAAAACCCUAUUCCCUAUUUUUAACUCAAUGACCCGACCCCUCUAAGAUAACCCGAUUAACCCAAUUAACCCAAUGCCCUAUUACCCAUUCCGGUUAAGUGUUCAGGAAUGCCUCGACAUUUACCGUAGAAAUGUAGAUAAAGAGAGAAAAUACAAAGCUGAGCUGCAUCUGUCAUUAGCUGAGGCUGAUGCAGAAAAUUCCAAACUUGUAUAUGUCCUUGCAGAACAAGUUUCUUUGCCAUUGUCGGGAAAGAUGAAAGGUACCCGGAAGCAGAAAUUGGCUAUUAUUGAUCCUGUGUUAAAAGACAUAAGGACAAUAGAUAUGUCACUUGAUUUCAAGAAUAUAAUAGCUAAUAUCAAUCCAAGCUCGGCGAAUCAUUUGAAUGUACAAUUAAAGAGCAUAAGCAAUGAAACACUUGCUAGCUUGACAAGUGAAGUUAAUGUUGGGUUUAGCAAGCACCUGCUGAGAAACCUGCAAAAUUUUCUGGAGUCAACUUCAAGAGAUGGCAGCAAAAAGAUGUUCUUCUGUCUGACUACGUUGAGUCUGCAGAGGUUCAUUAAUGAGAAUGUUCCUGUUAUGUCGGAUGAAACUCCGCCUGAAGAACGAUUCUUGGUAACAGAAGCAUGGACACAUUCUGAUUUUUUGUGUAUAAAUUAUAUUAUGAGUGGCCUGCAGGAUGAUCUGUACAAUGUGUACAGUAAUAUGAAAACCUCAAAAGAACUCUGGGAUGCUUUAGAAAAGAAGUACAAAACAGAGGAUGCCGGAAUGAAGAAGUUUAUUGUGGCAAAGUUUCUGGACUAUAAGAUGAUAGACAGUAAGACCGUCGUCACCCAAGUUCAAGAAUUGCAGGUCAUAAUCCAUGAUCUCCUUGCUGAAGGAUUGGUUGUGAAUGAUGCGUUUCAAGUGGCUGCAAUUAUUGAGAAGUUACCUCCAUUGUGGAAGGACUUCAAAAACUACUUGAAACACAAACGCAAGGAGAUGACUGUUGAAGAUCUCAUGGUAAGGCUGAGAAUCGAAGAGGAUAACAAGGCCGCAGAAAAGAGAUCGCGUGGUAAUUCAGCAAUAUCUGGAGUAAAUAUUGUUGAAGAAGAUCCCACAAAAUCAAAGAAAAGAAAGAAAGCAUCUGGUCCAAAGAGCAAUCCUCCUAAGAAGAAAUUCAAUGGAAGCUGCUUCAACUGUGGCAAACGUGGUCAUAAGGCUACUGAAUGUAGGGGUCCCAAAAAGGACAAGAAGAAGGAUCAAGCAAAUUUGGCUGAAUCCAAAGGAGAGAUGGACGAUCUUUGUGCAAUGCUUUCAGAAUGCAACUUGGUUGGAAAUCCAAGAGAAUGGUGGAUAGAUUCUGGUGCCUCAUGCCAUGUUUGUGCCAACAAAAAAUUAUUUUCAUCAUAUACUCCAGCACCUACAGACGAGAAGUUGUUUAUGGCAAAUUCCGCUGUUGCAAAGGUGGAAGGAACUGGCAAGAUCCUCCUAAAGAUGACAUCAGGCAAGGUGGUGACUUUGAACAGGGUCUCGUAUGUUCCGGAAUUGCGAAAGAACCUAGUUUCUAUACCAGUUCUGACUAAGAAUGGAUUCAAAUGUGUAUUUGUUUCUGAUAAAGUUGUAGUAAGUAAGAAUGAGAUGUAUGUAGGAAAAGGUUACCUCACUGAGGGCCUUUUUAAACUCAAUGUAAUUGCAGUUGAUAUGAAUAAAGAUUCUGCUUCUUCUUACUUGCUUGAGUCUAAAUGUUUAUGGCAUGAACGUUUGGGACACGUUAAUAACAAAACCUUGCGAAAACUGAUUAACUUAAAUGAAGUCAUUGUAUGCCUAUAUGUGGAUGACAUGCUGAUAAUGAGCAAGGACAUUGCCAAUAUAAAAGCUACUAAGCGUAUGCUUGCUAGGUUAAACAUUGAAGGAAUGCAUCUACAACAAAUCAUUACAGCAUGGUGGGAACACAAGGCCUCACACAAGUUAACACAAAUAUUGAGAGCAAUUUCAGCUAUCAUAAUGUGGGCACUUUGGAAAAGGAGGAAUACUAGAAGACAUGGAAAAGAUCACUCUUUUAACUGGAUGAAUCAUCACUGUCAAGAGGCAAUACAUCAAUUGAUUAGAGUGAAGUUCCCUUGGCUCAAAAAGGUUCCAUAUCAAUGGAUGGAAAUUGUGGACAUGCUGCAGAGAUACAAACCUAUCCUUCACUAUCAUAUAGUGAACUGGAAACUACCGGAGGAAGGAUGGAUUAAAUGCAACACAAAUGAUGCUAGUAAAGGCAACCCAGGACAGAGUGCAUACAAAUAUAAUAUGACAAACAACAAUGGAGAUCUAGUGUAUGCUGAAGGAGAAGACAUAGGGGUGGCUACUAAUAUGGAAGCGGAAACAAUAGCUAUAUGGAAGGCCUUGCAAUUAUGUUUAGGGAAUGGAUUUCAGAAAGUCAUUCUUGAAAUAGAUUCACUUAGUUUAAAGAACAUGUCAAUCAGAAAUUGGAGAAUUCCUUGGGAAAUAGCUGAGAGAGUUGAAGAUAGUCAGGAGAUAAUGAAGCAUAUUAAUGUCCAAAUUAGGCAUACAUUCAGAGAAGCAAACCAACUAGCAGACUACAUUGCUAACAUAGCUAUUGGGACAACAAAAAAACAACAAUUUCAAGAAUACAAUCAGUUGCCAAGUUGGGGAAGGAGAAUAGUGAAUAUAGACAAGCAAUAG